UACGAAACUUUUUUCCAAAAAACAAACGUAAUGGAUGUCGUGUGCACAUAAAAAGUAAGAAAAAAAAACCAAAAUAAAAGGACGUCGAUAAAAAUUAAAUAGUUUGUGAACAAACAAAAAAACAAGAAAAAAACAAACUUAUAUAAUGGACGUCGAUGGUUAUAUAAAAACGUGAACUUUGUGCCCAUGGAGAAGUUAACGGGUCCUUUUGUCAGAAAAAUAAAAGAAGAAGUCAGAAAUAAAAAAAAAAACAAAAUACAAUGAGAAAUGAGUCCUAUAUAUAGAUGCAUUACAUCACUUUCCAUUAAUUGAACAGCUCUUCCAUCCCUCUUAAAUCCAACAUCAGAUGACGCCCUUCUAUCCAUGUCAGGACCCUCAAGUUUUCAUAAAUUAUCGGGGAGAGGAGCUCCGUUACAGGUUCGUCAGCCACCUAGUUGCUGCCUUUGAGAGGGACGAGAUCAACUUCUUCAUAGACAAGAACGAGCUCAGAGGCACAGACCUAAGAAAUCUUUUUGCGAGGAUCCACGAGUCAAGGAUUGCACUGGUCAUCUUCUCUAAUAGGUAUGCGGAGUCGUCGUGGUGCAUGAAUGAGUUGGCGAAGAUCAAAGAACUUGCGGAUAAAGAAAAGCUCCACGUUGUACCAAUCUUUUACAAGCUGAAGGUAGGUGAUGUGAGAGGACAGACAGGUAAGUUCGGUACGAAAUUCUGGAACCUUGCGAGAGCUUCUACUGGAGAUCAGAUCAAGACAUGGAAGGAAGCCUUAGAGUGUAUCUCUGACAAGAUGGGCCUGUCGCUGAAAGACCAGAGCUCCGAAGCUGAUUUUGUCAAGGAAAUUGUUACGGAGGUUAGGAGAGUUGUAGCAGCAAUGGGACUCGAGGAAGGAAGAGAUCAUAAUGUCAACCAUUCUGGGAAUAAAAAGAGAGGCUGGGAAUUUCAAUUUUGACAGAUAGCUUUUUAUCUAUGAUAUAUACUCCUUUAGUUUCAAAUAAAAUGUUUUUGUAACAUAAAAUUUUUGUUGUAAAAUAAAUGUCAUUUUAUGAAUUUAAUACAGUUUUUUUCUAAUAAUUUGUUUCUUUAUCCCCUAAUUAAGUCAAGGUAAACAAUAAAUGUUAUAAAAUUUUAAUAGUCAACAAAGAUAAAACUGAACAUUUAACUAAUUUCUUAAUUUGUGUGAAAAACUCUAAAACAACAUUUGAUUUGAAAUGGAGGGAGUAGUAUAUACCCUUUUGUCGAAAAUAUGUAGUUUUAUUGAAACUAUGCCCUUUUUCUAUAUACACCUAAUUUCUUGAGAAUUAAAAUAUCUUGCUUUCAAAGAUUUACUAAGUUUAGCAUUCCCGUGACAAGCCGAUCAUUGCAUCCUCUCUAUCAGUCACUGUCAGGAAGCAGAGCACAACGACAUCCUCACCAGAUGGAACAGUUUCUGUAACAUUGGUCAUGACUAAGGUGGAUGCAAAGUGAUCUGAUUUUAAGUCAUGCUCUGUUAUGUUCAAGUAUAAGAAGCCAUACUCUGUUUUUGCCCAGAUCUGUUUUUCUUUUAAAAACAUCGCAAGUAUUUCUUUCUUUUGUUAAUUAGUUAAUCAAUAUCACAUUUCAACAGAACAAAUAACAAAAUAAUUCGUUCAAUUUAGCUGUGUAAGCUCUCUAAUUGAAUCAUAGACAUGAGAUAAAACAUCUCUUCGCGGAUAGAAGUAAUGGUGUCGAAUAUCUUCUCAAUCACCUAGAAUUUCGUAGGCCACAGAAAUUUCCAGUGAACAGUUCUUAUUGACCAACAACCAAUACAUUUUAUCUAUAGGAUACGUUUAUAAUACGAGAUUAUUUGUAAAUAAGGAAGUAAUGUUGCGCCUUGGAGAGUUAGAACUUUAUCUUCUCAGCCGGGUAUUAACUCGCUACAAGAUCAAGUGAAUUAGCUAACUAGAAAUUACCGGUUAGUUUCUCUUAAAUUGGUAAAACGUAAAAACAGAAAGGAAUGAAAAUGAAUGACUAAUAGUAUAUUGAUUAGUGGUGACUAUAGUCUAUGUUGAAAGACGCACGAGCGAUAAACUUUUGCAAAGAAGGAAACUUUUGACUCACGUGAUGGAAGUGGGUGGAUAGCCGGAAAUCGAAAGUUUGAGUAGAUAAGACUGAUUUUCGUGUACACAUGCAAAUUCAUGCAUGCAUAAGUCCACUGUCGAGGAACCUAGGGUGAGCGCCGCCAUCCCAAAGAGAGAGAGAGAAAAAGUUUUCUCUCGAGGGUCUCUCCCCCAAUCUUCUCUAACCCUAGCGCCGCCAUCAGAUCUUGAUUCCGCUCCGGUGCUCGGGGGCUCCGGCCUUCGUCCGGCGCUCACGUUAGCCCCGACGCCGGAGGCUCCUCUCCUCUUCUUUCUCCUCGUUUUCCUUUUGCUCCUCCGCUGCUCUCGUCUUCCCUAUCGCCUUGCUUGUUUCUCUGUGUUUGAAGCUUUCCUGGAGGCACCUUCGCUCGAGAGAAGCUCUGUGUCUGGUGUGAGUCCUUUAGUCAUGGAUCUACGGCGCGAUGGGUUCUGGCGGCACUGUCGGAGGAGUCGGCGUUUUAGGGUUUUGGAGGCGGUCCCUUAAGCCGCUUCUAGAGUUUGGCUGCGCGUGGAGGCGUGAGCCGGGCCUCUGUUCAGAUCUGAUCUCCGGUUUCCUAGAUCUGAGGUCUUUCGGUCUGUAAUGUUGCGGCGAAGGCUGCGGUUCGAUUACCCUUUCCUCGGUGUCCUGGUAAAGGUGAGCUCUGUUUGUCUUCGCCAAUGGGGUAUCGGAGCUCCCUCUAGCUCGGUUGCGAGCUUAACCGAAGGCGGUGGUGUGUAACUCUUCUUAAGGUGGUGGCUCGUGGUAGGUCCAGAGGCGUGGUGUUGGUGUUGGUCGUCUAUGGUCACUCCAAGACGUCGCUGCGACCUCCCUCCUUUUCGGCUUGUUCUCUUCCCGGCUCGUGGUUCAGAACCGAUCUUUGAAGCUUUGUCGACCGGUUUCUUUGGUCUUUGCUCGUGUGCUUUUUGGUUCGAUUGCUCCGUUGUCACCGGUCGCAAUCUGUGACAUUGUAAGCUUACCGGUCUUAGGUUUUCUAAGACGGCGUUUGGCGAUGAUGCUCAAGGCUCCGUGUGGUCUGCGGGUCUUCUUGGUAUCGUCGGUGGCUCCAUCCGGUGUUGCGCACAUCCCAGUGCUGUGGCUUCCCCUUGGUUGCUCAUGGUAGUGUCGGUAGCACUAAUGCUUCUUGCAGGUCUUCGAGCAGUUCAGGUUCUCGUGCAGCGGUCAACUUGUUCCCGACUUCUUGCUUACCGAUCUUGGUUUGGAGGUCAUCGUGUCUCUAAGCCAUUGGCCGGUCGAGGCGCUUUUGAAGAUUGUAUAGAGGGACUUAGAGCAAUUUUCAAUGGUAUGUGUUCUAUCUCCCUUCUUCAUCUGUGUCUGUGCGUAUUGACGGUGACGGUUAUAAGAUCUCGAAAAGUUCAUCGAGAGCUAGCUACCCCGUAGACGUCACGGAAAUUCCCGGCAUCCGAGGCAACGAGGUGAACCUCACGUUCCCGUGGUCAACGUCGAAGGGGAGAACAGCUUUAGAUUCCUAAGGAUUUUAAAAUCAACUUAGCGAAAUGUGCCGGGUUUAGUGGGCGGGCGAAGCUCGGUUGUAAUACAUUGAUUUAGGAGCUUUUGUUCUGAUCGAACUUGUAACCUGAACUGAUUGUCCGGUUUACCGGAAGAUUUUAAUAUAAGUAAUUUAAAAAAAAAAAAAAAAAAAAAAGUCCACUGUCAA